AUGGGUUGGCUUCGCUUGGUGAGGAAAUUUGCAUAUAGAAUUAGGAGGUGUAGGACAUUAUGUGUUGCAUUAUGUGAGCAUGGGUUGAGCUUCAUGGAUAAUGCUUGUAGCCGGCUAACUUGCUUUGAGAUCUCAUUGGAAAACGCAUCUGAUCAACAUGCAUCGACUGUGGGUGAAGAGAUUGCACGCGAGAUAGUAAGAGCAGUAAGGGAGGCUUUAACUUGUAGUGAGGGAGACGAGUCUCGUGCCCUCAAGAUCACUAAGGAGUUCUUUCGUCUUAACCCACCGGAAUUCACAGGAGGAGUAGAACCGUUAGAGGCAGAGAGUUGGUUAGAGCAGGUCACUAAGACUCUUGAUAUACUCAGAGUCACAGAUGAGGGGUUGAGAGUGUCAUUAGCGAGUUUUCUACUGAAGAGAGAAGUGGGUUAUUGGUGGAAAUAUGUAAGUUCUACCGUAGGCACCACCUGGGUUGCAAUCACUGAGGCCUUUUGGGCCAAGUAUUUUCCUCCUUCCACUCGGGAAAGAUUGAGGAAACAAUUUGUGGAGUUGCGCCAAGGUAUGACUCCUUUAGCCCAGUUUGAAGCACAGUUCACCAGUUCGUCUAGAUUUGCUCCAGAGUUGGUAGCAACCGAAGAGUGGCGUUGUAUAGAAUUUGAAGAGAAAUUGCACGAUGAGAUCAAAGGGAAGGUAGUAGGGUGUAUGCAUAGAAAUUAUCACACAUUAGUGGAAGCGGCGGCUCAUGUGGAAGCCACCAAUCUUAAGAUGGACCAGGAUGAAAGAGAGAGGGCCAUAACGACGAGUCCCAUAGCUUGA